AUGGGUAUAGGGAAGAGUACGCUAGCUGAAGUGAAGCUCAAUCAUUCUGAUUCAUUUUACUAUGCUGGUGAAAAAGUAACUGGAAUUAUUUCAUUUCAUAACCAUCAUAGAAAAUUAACAUUAAAUAAUGUUUCAUUUGGAUUUAUUGGUGAAGUUGGCUAUACAGGACAAAAAACACGGCAUUCUCGUGAUAGUAUGGGUAAUAUACAAGAAGAAACUCGUACAGGUCAACAGCAGUUUUCAUUUAUAAAUAUUCAUAUUCAAUUUACUCAUUCGAAACAUAAUGAGGAUAAAAUGAUUCUUGAGCAUGGUCACAAUUCUUGGCCAUUUGAAUUUAGUCUUCCUCAGAAUUUACCACCAUCAUCAGGCUCAUUAACAGGUUCAUAUCCUUAUAUAAAAUAUUACGUAUUUAUUAAUACUGAUCGAACAUGGUUUAAAUCAAUUAAAGCACAAACGUUUCCAUUGAUAAUUUUUCCAAAUGUUAAUAUCUUUAAUAUAAAUGAAGGUAGACAAUCUACUGCUGUGUAUAAUCGCAAUGAUUUAUACGUUAAAGCUUGUUUAACUCCUCAAAGUAUUUUACCUGGUGAAAAGAUUUCUCUUGAUAUUGAUAUUAAGAAUCAUAAACAGUUAAAAAUAAAAGAAAUUGAAGCAAAAUUAAUUCAACAACGAGAAAUCGAUCGAAAUCAUCAUGCUGAAGUUAUUUUUAAAGUGGAUUUACCAUUUUCACAAGAUUUUAAGGAAACAGAAUUUCAUGAAAAUUUUGAUUUAGAUAUGCCUUCUGGUCACCUACCACCCACAUAUGAUUAUAUGGCAUCCUGUUCUGAUUUAACAAUUCAAACUAGUAUUUUUUAUGAAAUAAAAUUACAAGUAAAAGUUCAUGACUGGCCUAAUGAAAUAAAUUUGAUCAUUCCAAUAAUUGUCGGAACAGAAUCAAGAGCGGAACAAUGUCAAUCGAGAAAAAGUAGUUAUGCUAGGAAGUCAAUAAGUUAUACAGCAGUUGUGAAAGAAAUGGAUGCAUCGCCUGUUCAUGAAUCGGGGGUUGAAGAUCUGAAAUUUUAA